AGACAGGAGGAACCAUGAGGGCCUUUUUAUAAUAUACAUUCUCAGCUCCAGCUCCCCUUUCAGUGUAAAAAAUGCAUUUGUGUUGUCUGACGAAUAAAUCUGGCAUGGUGCUUACAUAAUGAAGGAUAAUUAGUUUAAGCUGCAGCAUUCGAGGCUGCCUUUGGUGGCUCUGCCAGAUGUAUCAAGGACUGGUAGCAGGCCAAAGAGAGUCAGUCUUAUUCUGCUGAAAGCCUCUUCCUGCAGUCUGCCAGCUGCUGCUGUUUCAGAGCCAAAGUGGAGAGUCCUCUCACCGCCUCCCCCCACCCCACCCCUGCACAGGCAGAGACAAAAGGCCUGAUUCGCCUGCUGAAUACUGCCCCCUUUCUCCAUCCGUCCCUUCAUGCACGGCCAUAGUGGUGGUGGCGAGGGGUUCAGGAUAAUACGAGGCCUGGGCUGGGACUGAAAGCCAGGACUGACCCAGGGAAGGAGAGUGGGAGGAGGGGGAAGGGAGGGCUGAGGAUGGAGGAUGGAAGCUGAAGUGGUUGGGGCUGAGUAAAGGCAGGUGCUGAGGCCUCCAAAGGAAGACUUUUUUUCCACUCAAUAUCUCUCAGAGUGGGAAAAAAAUCAGAGAAGGGAUGGAAAGAAGGAAGGAGAGAAGGUUUGGCUAGUGGCUGGAGAGGGACGGAGGCAAGAGGGGUGAUCACCUCAUUGGAACAGGAUCAGGAAUAUGGGAGAUAUGAAGACACCAGACUUUGAUGACCUGCUGGCGGCCUUUGACAUCCCUGACAUGGUGGAUCCUAAAGCCGCUAUUGAAUCUGGCCACCAAGAUGACCAUGAUGGACAGCUCAAGCAAACCAGUGCUGGUGUGACUAACAAUGAGAAUGAGGCCCAACACCCCUCAGCAGCACAUGAUGUUGGUGUUAGUGUCAUUGUGAAGAACACACGAAACCUAGACACAAGUGAACAUUGUGGGACUGAAUCAGAGAAGGGUAGGUAUUUCCGCUCCCAUUCCCGACUCCUUUCUGUUCGCAAUGGACUUCAUAAUGGUUUGGCAUCCACAAUACAAACUGGGGCUCAAUACACGAAGAAUGGAUGUAAAAUUCCAAGAGAGGAAGGCCAGAAAAUGAACAAUCAAUCAUGUACCGUCAAUCAGUUUAGCCCAAUUUCCAGCACAGAAGAGUUUGAUGAUGAUGAAAAAAUCGAGGUAGAAAACCCAGGAGACAAGCAGGGAGCUCACACAGCUAGGAAAGGGGAGCGAAACUCCAAAUCUCCUAAACGGGAAAGUCUUUCCAAGCCCAAAACAAAUGGAGACCAAAAGCCUGAUCUUAACAACAAUAACAGUGGUACUUUAAGAAGUUGUAAGUUCAAGAAUCUCUGUCGGGCAACUUUACCUAAAGGGAAACUUGAGGAAACAAUGCCCAAGUCUCAUAGCAAAGAGUGCCAAGAAGGUGGGCAGUCAUCGGGACUUGGUAAUGCAUCCAGCCUUUCAAAAGUCAAAUCCCAAUCCUCAACAAAACUUUCAUCUUGUAUAGCAGCCAUAGCUGCUCUAAGUGCCAAAAAAGCGGGUGCUGAAGACUUAGGUACUUUGGAUUCUCCUACAACACAAGAAGAACCAGCACAGGUCAAAGAAAAUUCAAAAGUCCCAGAGAAGCCACAGGAUCAGGAAUCAGCCAUGGAGUUUGCAAAGAGACUGCUAACAAGACAACCAGACAGCCCCUCUAGUGUGACUAGUGAAAGCAGCAGCAAAGGUUCCCCUGCCUCAAACACAGACACCACCCCAGUUAUCCCAAAGGUCAGGAUCAAAACAAUCAAAACCUCAACUGGACAGAUCAAGCGUACAGUCACCCGAGUCCUUCCAGAAUUUGAUCCUGAGGGUCUGAAUAAAGGAGAGAACACAUCUGUCAUGACAACCACUAAUCCUAGUGCAUUUUUUUCAUCUCCAACAAGACAUUGUCUUCCAACCACAGUAGUAACCACCACAGGGAGACCUUCAAUUGAAAUAACCAAGCAAAUGACAAUUAAACCUGUUGCAACAGCAUUCCUGCCAGUCUCAGCAGUCAAGACAGCUGGUUCCCAAGUUAUCAACCUUAAGCUGGCUAACAACACAACAGUUAAAGCAACAGUCAUCCCUGCUGCAUCAGUACAAAGUGCCAGCAGUGCCAUCUUGAAAGCUGCUAAUGCCAUCCAACAACAGACUGUCAUGGUACCUGCCUCUAGUCUGGCAAAUGCCAAACUUGUGCCAAAGACAGUCCAUCUUAGUAACCUCAGCCUUCUGCCUCAUACAGUGUCCUCUGCUGCCUGUGAUUUCCAACACACCAAACAGCCCCAGCAUCAGCAAUCACAGCAAGCAAAACAGCAGACAAUUCUCGCCAGUCAGCAGUCAAAGAAAGUCUCUAGAGUUCAAGUGUUCACUAGUUCUCAAAGCUCUGUGGUGGAUGCCUUCAAUAAAGUCCUGAGUAGCAUGAAUCCUGUCCCUGUGUACGUCCCAAACCUCUCCCCACCAACCUCAGCCUGUAUCUCUCUACCCUCACUUGGCUACAAGUGCUUGGAGUGUGGAGAUUCAUUUGCUCUUGAGAAGAGCCUGACACAGCACUACGAGCGUCGCAGUGUGCGGAUCGAGGUCACCUGCAACCACUGUGCCAAAAGUAUAGUGUUCUACAACAAAUGCAGCCUCUUGUCUCAUGCUAGGGGUCACAAAGACAAAGGGGUGGUUAUGCAGUGCUCACACCUAAUCCUAAAACCCAUCCCUGCAGAUCAGAUGAUUGGUACAUCAGCUGGAGGACCGCACAGCGUUAAUGCCACCACCACUACCACUCAAGCACAGGCACCUGCGGGUCAAAUGCAAGACAAGGUAUCUGGUGCUGGGACCCAACCUGCAGUGAUUUCAGCUCCAAGCAGUGCACCUGUUGUGGCAGCCAUGCCGUUGGAGGAUGACGCAUCAAAGCUCUGCAGGCACAGCUUAAAAUGCUUGGAGUGUAACGAAAUGUUCCAGGAUGACAACUCACUAGCAAUGCACUAUCAACAAGCAUCGGAGUCCAGAAGUCAGAAAACAUGCACCAUUUGCCAAAUGCUUCUCCCAAAUCAGUGCAGCUUUUUGUCACACCAGCGGAUCCACCAGCACAAAUCACCUUACAUCUGUCCUGAGUGUGGUGCCAGUUGUCGCUCUGUCCACUUCCAGUCACAUGUGACCAAAAACUGUCUGCAUUACACUCGGAGAGUCGGCUACCGCUGUACCCACUGCAGUGUGAUCUUUGCUGAUGUCGCAACUCUAAAGUCCCACAUACAAAGUACUCACUGUGAGGUCUUCUUUAAAUGUCCUCUCUGCCCCAUGGCCUUCAAGUCUGCACCGGGAACACACUCACAUGCACAUACACAGCAUCCAGGACUGAAGGCAGGCGAGCCCAAGAUGAUCUAUAAAUGUUCCAUGUGCGAUACUGUGUUUACUCUUCAGUCCCUCCUCUACACACACUUUGACCAGCAUAUAAUCAAUCAUAAAGUUUCAGUGUUUAAAUGUCCCGACUGCUCCAUGCACUAUGCACAAAAACAGCUCAUGUUGGAUCAUAUUAAGGCCAUACAUGGAACCUUGAAGACCACGGAGGGCCCGCCAAACCUGGGGAUCAACCUUCCACUGAGCACGAAGCCCACUAAUUCUAACAGCACCAACAGCAAGAGCCCCCAUAAUAAUAACAAAGAUGGAGGAAAUAUCAACGGUCAAAACAAGGGAGAAAAGAAGCCUUCAGCUUUGUCAGUAAAGAAAAAUAACAGUAACUGUUCAGAAGACUUAAAGACUUCUCCCAGUUCAGGAUACACAUGUAAAGACUGCAAUAGCCUCUUCAGUUCCAGGGAGCUCUUUGUGGUGCACAUGAGGCGAGAACAUGGCAAGAUAUUGAAAAAGCACCCCUGUCGACAGUGUGACAAGUCUUUCAGCUCCUCCCACAGCCUUUGCCGACACAAUCGUCUCAAACACAAGGGUUUACGGAAGGUCUACACCUGCCCGCACUGCCCAGCUCUCAGUCAGCCCUUUACUAAAAGAGUGUUGCUGGAUCAGCACAUUCAACUGAUGCAUGGAGUGAAAGAUGUAGGAGGAAAGACUCAUAACAUGGAGGCUUUACCUGACAAAGAAAAGAGCCUCAGCCCCAAAAGGAAGACAGAAGACGAUGAAGGAGAUCCAGGGUUGAACUCCAGGGGCACUAUCUCGCAGCCACUGAAGAGGCUUAAGGUGAACAUCCUCAAAGUUCACAAGUGUGCUGUCUGCAGCUUCACCACUGAAGAUUUUGCCGCGUUCCAAGAGCACAUUCCUCAGCACAAGUCUGACGGCUCAUCUUACCAGUGUCAAGAGUGCGGCCUGUGCUACACCUCCCACCGCUCACUGGCCCGACACCUCUUUAUUGUCCACCGGCUGAAGGAGCCUCAAGGCCUUGGCCGAUAUAACGGACGGAGCAAGGAAGAUGAGGAGAGUCAAAGAGAGAACCAGUUCGAUGUUACUGAUGAGAACAGUGAUGGGACACCAAAUACUAAAUGUAAGGUGUGUGGGAAGAUGUUUGAAACGGAGGGAAACCUGAACACUCACAUGAGGACACACGGGAUGGCGUUCAUAAAGGCAAAGAGACUAAGUGCAGCGGAAAAGUGAAAGAAAGACACUUUUUACUCAUUCCACAAUUCAACUCAAACAGCUUGUUAAACCUACAGUACCUCCACUGACUGUGUUUAUGUUGUAGGUACAUCAUGUAAAUGCAGUGGUAUAUAUCAUGUAUACAAUACACACUAAAAAGUAUGUGAUAUACAUCAAAGUCCUUUAACGUAUCUGAGUAAAUUGAACAAAGUUUCUGGUGAAGAUGUUUAUAAAGCCUUACAUAGAACUUUUCUAGAAGAGCCUUUUAUGUGAAAUCGUUUCCACAGUUGUCUUCUUGCUAGGACCAGAUAAUGUAUGGACAAUAUAGUCUAAUGGGAUUAACCCUCAUACAGUCAGCAGUGUUCUAAACUUUUAAUGCCCAAUGAAUGUCUGUCAGAAAAAUAUAUCAAUCUGUGGGAAGCUUCAGCUUCCCCACAGCGCAGCUAACUUGAUUUUAAAUUGUUUUUGAAAAUUCAUAGAUCCCUUUAGGACUUACCUUCUACAACAAGACCCCACUUCUUAUAACACACCCAGAAGAACAUGUGUGCAGUAACUUUGAGCUGGAGUAAAAGUAAAUAUCAAACAAUUCAGGACAAUCGGUUAAAGAAGCAGCUUAGUGUCAUUUGAAUUUUCAUGAAGUAAGCUGCUAACAUAUCAACAAACAAAGUUUGGAAUAUGGAAACAUAAAUAUGUGACGCAGCAUACAAAAGCUAGGCGAAGUUUUUUUUUCAUUUUAAUGUCAAAAUGUCUCGAUUAACAUCCAAAAAAAAAAGAUUUUUGUUUAUUUUCUAUGAGGUUUUAAGUUUAGUAAAUGAUUAAACUUUCAUUACAAACUUCACAAGGAAUACAAGAAACCGUCAAUCGAUUACAAUUCACAGGCUAAAGACAGAAAAAUAUUCAGCAUCACUGAGGGGCAAAUUUCGUUGACUAUCCGAAUUGCACUCUUACGCCUGAAUUACACUUCUGUGGCGAAACUAUGUAGAGCCUAUGUUUCAGAAGGGUUUGUGGUUACAACACACCUGCAGAUGCAGAUUUAACACAGAAGUAUAAAUAACCUGUUAGGCAUGUGUGGCUGUGCUGAGUUUGAUUUGAACUUUGCAGCUGAGAGCUUUGAUAUUAGGAUUUGGGGUAAAAUUGUGCGUUGUUUAUAUGCAGUUUAUUCAUCAGAAGCACUUAAAGAAUCUAUAUUUGUCAGACAACGAUACACAGUGAAGUUAAGAUAAACAAUGGUGAUAUCGUAAAGUCCCUUUCCUGUGCCGCGUCACAUAGGAGUUUAAGGCUCCCAACUUUACUGAUCAGAAAAUCAAACUUUACUAUUUACUUUAAAGAAACUUGUGGGCCAAUUUUUUUUUAAGUAUUUUAUAAAGGAUUGUGAUAUUUUUUAAGUUGAUGUUUCAUUACUAUCUUAAUAUACUGUAACUGGCAGCUCUUUGAGAUUACAAUUCACUUAAAAUGUUUAUUUACCUAAAUAUUGUAAAUAUGAGACAAAGCACUUGACUUCCUUUGAACAGCAGUCCUCUUUACAGUAUAUUAGUGUAAUUCUAACAAGAGCACAAUAACAGUAAAAUUGUAACGACACUAGAGUAUCAUUUCAUUUACUGUGGAUGUGAAUGUUUUUUUCAUUUCAUGGUUCUUCAUGUUAUUCAUCAUGAUGAAUGUUCACUGACAGGAAUUAUACUGAAACAAACUUCUGAGGUAGAAGAAAACGUCUAUGAAUGUACGCUUGGCUGUAAAUAGGUGACAGCCAAUUCAGUGAAAUAAACACAAGAUUGUUGCUCAUUGUUUUCUUUGGUCUCAGCCUUUCCCAAAAGAAAGCCUCACUUUGUUUUGUUGUUGUUGUUGUUUUUUUAUAAUGACAAUAAGACUUGAAAUGUCUUGCGCUGUAAAACUGCAUGCGAGAACCAGUCUGUUGAUUAGAAUGUGUCUUGCUGCCACUGCUGCCAUUUUUAAACAUUUCUGAUGCUUGUGUACAAAAAUUGUUCUAAAUGUUAAUAAAUGAUGUCUAUUACACAGGAGACAUCAGGUCUUCACUGGGGGAGAAAUCCUGUCAUGAUCAUCCUGAUGUACCUGAUUCUGCUUAAUAUUACUAUUAAGACUAAUGUCUAACAGCCAGAUUGAUAUAAUUGUACUCAAUGAUAAAAACAAGUAGUUCUCUGAUGAGCCACUCUCCCAGUAAUACUUAGAGUCAGGUAAAAAAGAAGAAAAAAGUAAAUACACCCUUGAUUCAGUAGGUUGCAGAACCACUUUUAGCAGAAAUAAGUUGAGGCAAUCAUUUUCUACAUGCCUUUAUCAGUCUGUAACUUUGUUGUGGAAACAUUCUGGCCCACGCUUCUUUCACAGUUCUCUUAAGGUCCCGCUACAGCAUUUCAAUCUGCUUGACAUCUCAGGUUUGACUUUGCCAUUAAAAUAACUUUAUUCUUUA